AUGCUCAAGGGCGAGAUGAAAAUCGUUUUUGUGGGAAUGUUUGUGACGACAUUGGCACCUUUAUUGCUUCACAUGAAUGUGCACCACGCGGACAUGGUGAAUAGAGAGCUAAGACUGGCUGGUCGUGGGAAUAACAUGCCGCACAUUCCAUCCUUGAAAGAUAAACUGAUGCAUCUCGAUCCAGAUGUGGUAAGGGCGGCUCACCACCAAUCGGCCAAAGACAGUUCAACUGACGUGCAGGGGAAGCAAACGAAGCAGAAGAAGACGACACAGUCUGGCGCCUAUCAGAAACUAUCAAAGGUUGCUAUGGAGUUAUCUCCGUUCAAGACGAAACCAACAAACACCAAGACACAGUGGGAUAACGUCGCUCUGGCAGCCAAGAAUGCAGAACAAUCUAUUCUGGAUUUCUUUCACGGGGAACAUCGCGCCUUGCAAGAUGGGGUUCCCUUUGGAGGCACAGAAACUAAGCUCAGUGUGUUGACCGAGCGUCUCGCUGAUCGGAUUGCUCUCUGUCACGGCAAGGGCAUUGCAAACAGCAACGACGGCAACAGCAACUGUACAUUAAGAGUGGUCUUUCUUGGCGGAGGCCAGGCGUCAGGACGGGAUAUCUUCAAAAAUCAAACGUAUGCAUACCAGGCCGAACCGCGAUUACGUGCCUUGGCCCAAGCUGCUGGCUUGAAACUGGAAGUACUCAACCAUGCAAUGGACUCGGAUCUAUCCCGGGAAGGACCGCAGACUUUGCACCAAUGCGUGGCCAACUUUGCCGGCAAUUCUGUCGAUGUCCUAUCCUGGGAUUCGGAGAGCACCAUGCAGGGAAACCCUUCUGCCCAAAUCGAAGCCUUUGUACGGUGGGCUUCCGUUUUGAAACCGGCACUCAUCAUGUUCAAUCGGGGUGGGCCUCAUGCAAGGUCACGACGAGGAAUACCCAGAGGUGUGGUGAAUCUGGUGGCCAGUCACGAUGCCACUGUCUACGACGACAAGCCAGAAGAUAUCCCCGAACCACGGGAAGAUCCAUACAGUAACUCUUCCAGAUUUGAAGAGCUAUGGGCCAAUCAGCGAAACUUGUUUUGGGGCGACGUGUUUGAUCGCUACUCGUCGUACAUCGACUUCGCCGGUAUUGAUCCAUCGGGGUCCAUUUGGCAUUUGGAUCACCUCCAAGAGUUUUCCAAUGGUGCCUUUGAGGAGGGCAAAGCAUUACCAUUGUACGAUUGCCCGGCUCCAGGGCACCCCCCACCAUGUGAUCAGGUCCCCCCUUAUGUCAUUCGUCAUCUUGCCAAGGAGAACAAGUCCAUUGAAAGUUUGCCUCGUGAUGACACAUCAGGGGCAUUCUGUGGUGUCGAGUUUGGGUGUCGCCAUGCAUGGUACGGAGGAACCCGUUCUCAUGCCUUGCGAGCAGCACUCAAUGCCCUCCCGAUUGUAAGGGCCUUUCAGUCGGCUGCGAAACUGCUCGUUGCAAGGGACUGCGAGGACAUCGAAGAUCCAGACCAGCAACACAAGAAUCCAAAUACCAACAGCCACGCCUUUACAAUGAACAGUCUGCCGGAACCCAAAUACUGCUCUAAAAAGUUCUGCACCUUGAAACCAACCUGCUUGUCUACCUAUGUACCCAAUAUUGGCCAUAAACUGGGACCUGCAAUUCUUUCCAAUGAAACCUUCCCUGCCAGUAUGCCUCGGCUCGGAGCGUGCCACUAUGCUCACAAUCCAGAGUUUGCUGUUCGUAACCUCAAUAGACGCUUUGGCCCUCUGGGGUGGGACGAUCGCAAGUAUGCUUUUCGUUUGGCCAAGGAAGAUCCCAAAGAGGUCGAAAAGAAGAAAAAGAAAAAGGCCAAAGGGGAACAAGUGGACGAUGAGGAUGCCUCGAGCACAGCCAUUGGAUUUGUCACAGAUGGACCAGGACCGCUGGUCCUCUGUGAGCCUCCUUGUUUCAUCGACGAAUGCAGCCCCAAACGCAAACGACCCCUGGUCAAACAUGUUACCCUCAACCUGGAUGGCACUGAUCUCCAAACGCCAAAUGGCCCUCCGCCCGAGACGGAAGUUGGUGGCAUGUUUUGCCGAGUCAUUGCCAAACAGGUUCCGGCGGGGCGGCACAUGCUCCGAAUCUCCACAGAAGCGGUCGCACCGGAUCAUGUCAUGUUUUCCCAUCUGAUCUCCUUCGUUUGA